ACAUUGUUCGAACUCUGUCUUACAUCUUCAACCCUCGCGAAGUGGUCAGGUUCCGUGCAAACGAAAGAGUCAUCCUCCUUCUCUUAGCUGUCUUCUCUCUCUCUCUGAAUGAUCGUAUCUCCAUUCCGCAAAAUUUAGAUCGAAUCCAUUCGCUUGGUCUGAUCGAUUUGUUACCUCAUAACUUAGGGUUUUCGCAGAUCGUUGAUCGAAUUAUCAUCAAACGGCGUUCGACGCGAUCGGAGUUGGCUUAAUCCGAGCUUGUCUGAUCUGGGAUUUCCGUUUUCCUGCAUAUGAAAAAUUAGGGUUUUAGCUCGAAUCGGAUAGGGAACUUGAAGGAGAGAAACUGGCCCUAGUGGGCGUUUGUGCGAUUGAGGAAAGAACUGGGGGCUAAUCAGUCUCAUUCCCGCCAUUAUCCUGGCGCCGUCGCCGAUCAGACAGGCGUGGGAAUCUGGUUCUUUCUCCGACAUCUCGUGAAUAAUGCCCCUCGAACCAACACCCUUCACGACAUCGAUUCUGUGAGCCGCGUCGCACCUGAUCGCACGCCGCCCAUCAUGGACUCCUCCUCCACCGCCCGAACCAAUCCCGCCUCCACCGUCGCUUCCGUGGAAGAGCCCGAGUACCUCGCGAGGUACCUCGUGGUCAAACACUCAUGGCGUGGCCGUUACAAGAGGAUACUUUGCAUAUCAAGCGCUGGGAUCGUGACAUUGGAUCCAAACACUCUCUCUGUUACCAAUUCGUAUGAAAUUGCGAGCGAUUUCGAUGGAGCUUCUCCUAUCCUUGGAAGAGAUGAGAAUACGAGCAGUGUUGGUGGCGAAUUUACUAUCAACGUUAGGACAGAUGGGAAGGGCAAGUUCAAGGCCAUGAAGUUCUCUUCACGGUUCAGAGGAAGUAUUCUGACCGAGUUGCAUCGGUUGAGGUGGCACAGAGUUGGACCCGUGGCCGAGUACCAAGUUCUGCAUCUUAAGAGACGGACCGCAGAAUGGGUUCCUUAUAAAUUGAAGGUCACUUGUAUAGGGGUGGAGCUCAUCGAUUUAAAAUCUGGAGAUCCACACUGGUGCUUGGAUUUUAGAGACAUGAAUUCCCCUGCUGUUAUUCUUCUUUCUGAUGCAUAUGGGGCCAAAAGCACCGAUUCUGCUGGGUUUGUUCUUUGUCCCAUGUAUGGGAGAAAGUCAAAAGCUUUCCGAGCUGCUUCAGGGACAACAAAUUCUGCUAUUCUUGGAAGUUUGACUAAAGCUGCAAAAUCCAUGGUUGGGGUAUACAUGUCAGUGGACAGUUCGAAAUCCCUAACAGCAUCAGAGUAUAUGGCACAAAGGGCUAAAGAAGCAGUUGGAGCCGAAGAAACCCCUUAUGGGGGUUGGUUAGUGACUAGAUUGCGAUCUGCUGCUCAUGGUACUUUGAAUAUUUCUGGACUAAGUUUGGGAAUUGGCCCCAAAGGAGGGCUUGGUGAGCAUGGAGAUGCUCUAUCCCGUCAGCUCAUUCUUACCAGGGUCUCCCUUGUCGAGCGACGGCCAGAUAACUAUGAAGCUGUUAUCGUUCGUCCCCUGUCUGCAGUUUGUUCAAUUGUCCGGUUUGCUGAGGAGCCCCAAAUGUUUGCUAUCGAGUUUAAUGAUGGAUGCCCAGUCCAUGUGUAUGCAAGCACAUCCCGUGAUAAUCUACUUGCAGCCAUUCGUGAUGUUUUGCAAACAGAAGGCCAAUGUGCAAUUCCAGUUUUACCAAGGCUUACUAUGCCUGGUCAUCGCAUUGAUCCACCUUGUGGAAGGGUGAGUUUGAUAUUUGGACCAGAACACCUAGUUGCUGAUAUGGAAACCUGUUCUAUGCAUUUGAAACAUUUAGCUGCAGCAGCAAAAGAUGCAGUUGCAGAAGGUGGUUCACUUCCUGGUUCUAGAGCUAGACUGUGGCGUAGAAUAAGGGAGUUCAAUGCUUGCAUACCAUAUACUGGUGUGCCUUCUAGUAUUGAAGUCCCCGAGGUGACUUUGAUGGCAUUGAUUACAAUGCUUCCAUCUACUCCAAAUCUCCCACCUGAGGCCCCUCCUUUGCCACCACCUUCUCCAAAAGCAGCAGCUACUGUCAUUGGCUUUGUUGCUUGUUUGCGUAGGCUAUUGUCCUCCAGGAAUGCAGCUUCUCAUGUAAUGUCUUUUCCUGCUGCUGUUGGAAGAAUAAUGGGGUUACUGAGGAAUGGUUCCGAAGGUGUAGCAGCUGAAGCUGCUGGCCUGAUUGCAUCUCUUGUAGGUGGUGGAUCGGCAGAUCUGAGUACUGCAUCAGAUUCCAAAGGAGAAAAACAUGCAACCAUCAUGCAUACCAAGUCUGUUUUGUUUGCUCAACAUGGUUAUGUUACGAUUCUGGUCAACAGAUUAAAGCCUAUGUCCGUGUCUCCUCUUUUGUCAAUGGCGAUUGUUGAGGUCCUUGAGACUAUGGUCUGUGAUCCACAUGGCGAAACUACCCAAUACACUGUUUUUGUGGAAUUGUUACGCCAAGUGGCUGGCUUACGACGUCGUUUAUUUGCACUUUUUGCACAUCCUGCUGAAAGUGUUAGGGAAACCAUUGCCGUGAUAAUGCGCACAAUAGCUGAAGAAGACGCAAUUGCUGCAGAAUCAAUGCGUGAUGCUUCUUUACGUGAUGGUGCUUUGUUAAGACAUUUAUUGCAUGCUUUUUUCCUUCCUGCUGGUGAGCGCCGUGAGGUUAGUCGGCAGCUUGUGGCACUUUGGGCAGAUUCCUAUCAACCAGCUUUGGAUUUAUUGUCACGAGUUCUGCCGCCUGGACUUGUUGCAUAUUUGCAUACUCGUCCUGAUGAUGCCCUUCAUGAUUUAAAUGAAGAAGGAUCAUUGACUAGCAGGAGACACAAAAGAUUACUUCAGCAAAGAAGAGGUCGUGUGGCAAGAGGAGUGGCUGCCCAAGAGCUUCCUUCGCCCUUUGAUAACAAUCUUGAGACUAGUGAUGUGGCAAAACAAAUGAGUGCAAAUGCUUAUAGGGGUUCAGAUAACUUUCAACGGCCUGCUGCAACUUCUUCCUCUCAAGGUUCAAGCUUUCAGGCUUCUGCGUCUCUGGGUGAUGAUGUUACUCCCUCAGGGAUUUCACAAAAUGGUCAUUCGGCAUUUGUUUCAACUAUUGCUAAAACAAAUGAGCACGAACAUUCUGAAACAAAAGCAUCCAAUGUGAUUAAUUCUGAUUCAUACUUGGCUGGUUUCCAGAACCCGAUGCUUCCAGCGCCUGCUCAGGUUGUUGUGGAAAAUACUCCAGUAGGUUCGGGAAGGUUGCUUCUUAAUUGGCGUGAGUUUUGGCGAGCCUUUAGCCUUGAUCACAAUCGUGCAGAUCUUAUCUGGAACGAGCGCACAAGGCAAGAGUUAAGGGAAGCUUUACAGGCGGAGGUUCACAACCUUGACGUUGAGAAAGAGCGCACCGAAGAUAUUGCUCCAGGACAUCCAUCUGAUGAGAACAUGACUGGCCAAGAGAGUGUCCCACGAAUAUCUUGGAAUUAUCCGGAGUUCUUUGUUCGUUAUCCCAGCUUGUCAAAAGAAGUUUGUGUGGGUCAAUAUUAUCUACGUUUAUUGCUUGAAAGUGGGAGCAUUAGCAGGGCACAAGAUUUUCCUCUCCGUGAUCCAGUUGCCUUUUUCAGGGCACUCUAUCAUCGCUUCCUAUGUGAUGCUGAUAUGGGGCUUACCGUUGAUGGUGCUGUUCCGGAUGAGUUGGGUUCAUCUGAUGAUUGGUGUGAUAUGGCUCGGCUAGAUGGUUUUGGCGGAGGGGGAGGAUCUUCUGUUAGGGAGCUUUGCGCAAGGGCAAUGUCCAUUGUGUAUGAGCAACACCACAACACAAUAGGCCCUUUUGAAGGCACUGCUCAUAUUACAGUUCUGUUGGAUAGGACAGAUGAUAGAGCUUUGAGGCAUCGUCUGCUCCUUCUCUUGAAGGUCCUAAUGCAGGUUUUGUCAAAUGUGGAAGAUUGUGUUUUGGUUGGUGGUUGUGUUCUAGCUGUAGAUCUGCUGACAGUUGUUCACGAAAACUCAGAAAGGACUCCUAUUCCAUUACAGUCAAACUUGAUCGCUGCUACAGCUUUCAUGGAACCACUUAAGGAAUGGAUGUACAUUGACAAGGAUGGUGCAGAAGUUGGACCUGUACAGAAGGAUGCCAUCAGAAGAUUAUGGUCCAAAAAGGAUAUUGACUGGACCACUAAGUGUCGAGCUUUUGGGAUGCCAGACUGGAAGAAAUUACGAGAUAUACGUGAACUUAGAUGGGCAGUAGCUGCUCGAGUUCCAGUCCUCACACCUACACAGGUAGGGGAUGCAGCAUUGUCUAUAUUGCAUAGCAUGGUUUCAGCGCAUUCAGAUCUAGAUGAUGCUGGAGAAAUUGUUACUCCAACACCAAGAGUAAAAAGGAUCUUGUCUAGCCCACGUUGUCUCCCGCAUAUUGCUCAGGCAAUGCUCUCUGGUGAACCAAGUAUUGUGGAAGCUGCUGCUGCUCUUCUGAAAGAUGUUGUUACAAGAAAUCCCAAAGCCAUGAUGCGCCUGUAUAGCACGGGCACAUUUUUCUUUGCCCUUUCUUACCCUGGAUCCAAUCUCUACUCAAUUGCACAACUAUUCUCAGUGACCCAUUUGCAACAAGCCUUUCAUGGCGGGGAAGAAGCCGCUGUUUCUGCCUCUUUGCCCCUGGCUAAACGAAGCGUCUUGGGUGGGCUUCUCCCAGAGUCCUUAUUAUAUGUGUUAGAGCGAAGUGGCCCAGCUGCAUUUGCAGCUGCUAUGGUUUCUGAUUCUGAUACUCCGGAGAUUAUAUGGACAUACAAAAUGAGAGCAGAAAAUCUUAUCUGUCAGGUUUUGCAGCAUCUUGGAGACUUCCCUCAGAAAUUGUCACAGCACUGCCACUGUUUGUAUGAUUAUGCCCCCAUUCCACCUGUUACAUAUCCAGAACUCAGAGAUGAGAUGUGGUGUCAUCGUUACUAUCUUCGGAACUUAUGUGAUGAGAUUCGAUUUCCAAACUGGCCGAUUGUUGAACAUGUCGAGUUUCUACAAUCAUUACUUGUGAUGUGGCGUGAGGAGUUAACAAGGAAGCCUAUGGAUCUUUCUGAAGAAGAAGCGUGCAAAAUACUGGAAAUAUCGUUGAAUGAUGUAUCAAGCGAUGAUACAAACAGAAGUUCAUUUGAGUUGAAUGAGGACAUACCUAAUAUAACCACACAGAUUCAAAACAUUGAUGAAGAGAAGUUGAAGCGUCAGUAUAGGAAGUUUGCAAUGAGAUACCAUCCUGACAAGAAUCCAGAAGGCAGAGAAAAGUUUCUUGCUGUUCAAAAAGCUUACGAACGCCUUCAGGCAACAAUGCAAGGAUUACAAGGCCCUCAGCCUUGGAGAUUGCUGCUUUUACUGAAAGGACAGUGCAUCUUAUAUAGACGUUAUGGAGAUGUGUUGCAGCCUUUCAAAUAUGCCGGCUACCCAAUGUUACUUAAUGCAGUGACAGUGGACAAGGAUGACAACAAUUUCCUGUCUUCAGAUAGAGCCCCUCUCCUUGUCGCAGCAUCAGAACUUGUUUGGCUAACCUGCGCCUCUUCUUCAUUGAAUGGUGAAGAACUAGUGAGAGAUGGCGGCGUGCAGCUUCUUGCAGCUCUUCUUUCCCGCUGUAUGGGUGUGGUUCAGCCGGCAACCCUGGCAACUGAACCUGCUGCUAUCAUUGUCACAAACGUAAUGCGUACAUUUUCUGUAAUAAGUCAGUUUGAAAGUGCAAGGGCUGAGAUACUAGAGUUCUCUGGUCUGAUUGAGGACAUUGUGCACUCUACGGAACUAGAACUUGUGCCUGCAGCUGUUGAUGCUGCUCUUCAGACUAUUGCUAAAGUUUCUGUGUCCCCACAACUCCAACAAGCUUUGCUAAGGGCUGGUGCCUUGUGGUACAUUCUCCCAUUGUUAUUACAGUAUGACUCUACUGCAGAAGCACCUGAUACCGUUGAGUCUCCUGGUGUUGGUGCUAGUGUCCAAAUUGCUAAGAAUAUGCAUGCUGUACGGGCAUCACAUGCUCUAUCAAGGCUUAGUGGACUGUGUGCAGAUGAGGGUUCCAUACCUUACAAUGCAGAUGCGGCCAAUGGUCUCAGAGCUAUGCUAACUCCAAAGCUUGCUAGUUUGUUAAAAGAGCAAGUUUGUAAAGACUUGUUGUCCAAACUAAACACGAAUUUGGAGACACCAGAGAUUAUUUGGAACUCUACCACUCGGUCAGAGCUGUUGAAAUUUGUGGAUGAGCAACGUACCUGCCAGGGUCCUGAUGGUUCAUAUGAUCUGGAAUCUGCGCACUCUUUUGUGUAUGAGGCUCUGUCAAAAGAGGUCUAUGUUGGCAAUGUUUACUUGAGGGUUUAUAAUGAUCAGCCAGACUCUGAGAUAACCGAACCAGAAGCGUUUUGCAAUGCUUUGGUUGGAUUUAUAUCAUCUCUAGUGCAUGCUGAAUUUGCCUCGAAUUCUGAGGAUCAAGAUAAAAUGGAAAACAAUGACUCAUCUCAUGAGAGUUCAGAGCUUCAAAGUGAUGUAGCAAGUACGUCAAUGAAUGAAGACCUUUCUUGUCAUGAAUCAUCAUCCAACGGGGUGAAGAACGAAGAAAGUCAUCCGAUUAAGAACCUUCGAUUAGGAUUGACUGCUCUUCAGAACAUAUUGACGAAAGAUCCGAAUCUAGCAGCUGUAUUUUCAUCCAAAGAUAAAUUGUUGCCUCUCUUUGAAUGUUUUUCGGUGCCUAUUGCAUCGAGAACUGAUAUUCCACAACUCUGCUUGAAUGUCCUGUCUCGGCUGACUGCUUAUGCUCCUUGCUUGGAGACAAUGGUUUCUGAUGGAUCAAGUCUUCUCCUCCUAUUACAAAUGCUUCAUUCUGCUCCAGCAUUUCGUGAGGGUGCUCUUCAUGUUCUUUAUGCUUUGGCUAGCACACCAGAACUUGCUUGGGCUGCUGCCAAGCUUGGCGGGGUGGUGUACAUUCUGGAACUUCUAUUACCUUUAGAAAAAGAAAUUCCGUUGCAACAAAGGGCUGCGGCAGCAUCUUUGUUGGGGAAGCUUGUCGGGCAACCAAUGCAUGGGCCUAGAGUGGCUAUAACACUUGCGAGGUUCCUUCCAGAUGGUCUUGUAUCUAUCAUUCGUGAUGGACCUGGUGAGACUGUUGUACAUGCACUGGAUCUGACGACAGAGACUCCAGAACUUGUAUGGACUCCAGCAAUGGCAGCAUCUUUGUCUGCACAAAUCGCAACCAUGGCGUCGGAUCUGUAUCGUGAACAACAGAAAGGCCGUGUUUUUGAAUGGGAUGUGCCUGAGCAGCCAUCUGGUCAACAAGAUAUGAGAGAUGAGCCACAGGUUGGGGGAAUCUAUGUGAGGCUUUUCUUGAAAGAUCCGAAAUUUCCUCUGAGAAAUCCAAAAAGAUUCUUGGAAGGACUGCUGGACCAGUAUUUGUCAGCAAUAGCGGCAACACAUUAUGAAACAUAUCCUGUUGACCCUGAGCUCCCUUUACUUCUUUCUGCUGCAUUGGUUUCUUUGUUACGUGUUCAUCCCACACUUGCAGACCAUGUCGGAUAUCUCGGCUAUGUCCCCAAACUUGUGGCUGCAGUGGCGUAUGAGGGAAGGCGGGAAACAAUGUCUGCAGGUGAAGUCAGGGCAGAAGAAGUUGCUUCCGACACAGUGCAUGACACUGAUGACGGCUCAAGCCCGCCUGUACAAACCCCACAAGAACGUGUCCGCCUUAGUUGUUUACGUGUUUUGCAUCAACUUGCUGCUAGUACAACAUGUGCAGAAGCAAUGGCUGCAACUAGUGUUGGGACCCCACAGGUUGUUCCACUUCUCAUGAAAGCAAUAGGAUGGCAAGGUGGGAGCAUUUUAGCACUUGAGACACUUAAACGUGUCGUUGUUGCUGGCAAUCGGGCAAGAGAUGCCCUUGUUGCUCAGGGACUUAAAGUUGGUCUUGUCGAAGUUUUGCUUGGCCUUCUUGACUGGAGGACUGGCGGAAGAAACGGGCUUUGUUCGCAGAUGAAAUGGAAUGAAUCGGAAGCAUCAAUCGGCCGCGUGCUUGCAAUUGAGGUUUUGCACGCCUUCGCAACAGAAGGUGCACAUUGUUCCAAAGUCCGUGAGAUAUUGGAUGCUUCGGAAGUUUGGGGUGCGUACAAAGACCAAAAACACGAUCUCUUCCUCCCCUCGAGCGCUCAAUCAGCAGCCGGAGUCGCUGGUCUUAUAGAGAGCUCGUCGAGACUAACUUAUGCCCUCACUGCCCCGCCUCAACCUCCGAGCGGAACCUCUUCUCCUUCAGCAUCUGAUCCUUCUUCUCUAUAGCCCUUCUCUCUCUGGGUGUUUUAUAGAAACAAUUGGUUUGUAUAUUUCUGUACAGUUCUCCUCUCUUCUCUAGUAAAGUAAAAAAAUUUUUUACAAGACGAAAGAGUUGCGUCACCUCUUUAUCCUUGGGCGAUUUCUUUUUCCUUUCGGCCCUUUAUAUAUAUAUAUAUAUAUAGAGGGAAACUUGUGUAUUGUCGUUUGUAAAAUCGAGAUUGGUUUUUCAUCGUUGUCUUCUUCUUCCUUGUAAA